CCGGCGCCGGGGCUCGGGGCCGGCCUUCCUGCAGUCGCUUCCGUUCUCUGGCUGCGGCGCCUGGGCACCGUGCUUAGCGGUGGCGGUGGGUCUGGGGCGCCUGGGAAGUCAUCCAAGAUGAUUAAAAAAUUCGACAAGAAGGACGAGGAGUCGGGCAGUGGCUCCAAUCCUUUUCGGCAUCUGGAGAAGAGUGCUGUCUUACAGGAGGCUCGUCUAUUCAAUGAAACACCCAUAAAUCCAAGAAGAUGCCUGCAUAUUCUUACAAAGAUUCUCUACUUACUGAACCAGGGUGAACACUUUGGAACAAUGGAAGCUACGGAAGCCUUCUUUGCAAUGACUCGACUGUUUCAGUCUAAUGAUCAAACACUGAGGAGAAUGUGCUACCUUACCAUCAAAGAAAUGGCCAACAUCUCUGAGGAUGUGAUCAUCGUCACAAGCAGCCUGACGAAGGACAUGACUGGAAAGGAAGACGUGUACCGAGGCCCUGCCAUCAGGGCGCUCUGCAGAAUCACUGAUGGAACGAUGCUGCAGGCCAUUGAAAGAUAUAUGAAGCAGGCCAUUGUGGAUAAAGUCCCCAGUGUAUCCAGCUCGGCAUUGGUCUCUUCCUUACACAUGAUGAAGAUAAGCUAUGAUGUGGUCAAGCGCUGGGUCAAUGAAGCCCAAGAAGCUGCUUCAAGUGAUAACGUUAUGGUCCAGUAUCAUGCAUUGGGAGUCCUGUAUCACCUUAAAAAAAAUGAUCGCCUUGCUGUUUCUAAGAUGUUGAAUAAAUUUACUAAAUCCGGUCUCAAAUCACAGUUUGCUUACUGCAUGCUGAUUCGAAUUGCUAGUCGUCUGCUGAAAGAUAAUGAAGAUGACCAUGAAAAUCCACUCUUUGAUUUUAUUGAGAGCUGCUUACGAAAUAAGAAUGAAAUGGUAAUUUAUGAAGCUGCUUCAGCUAUCAUCUAUCUUCCUAACUGCACUGCAAGGGAGCUGGCACCUGCUGUUUCAGUUCUCCAGCUAUUUUGUAGCUCCCCUAAGCCAGCUUUGCGAUUUGCAGCUGUGAGAACCUUAAAUAAGGUGGCAAUGAAACACCCCUCUGCGGUGAUUGCCUGUAACCUGGACUUGGAAAACUUGAUCACAGAUUCAAACAGGAGCAUUGCUACCUUGGCAAUUACUACACUCCUCAAAACAGGAAGCGAGGCCAGUGUGGACCGACUCAUGAAGCAGAUAUCUUCCUUUGUGUCUGAAAUCUCAGAUGAGUUCAAGGUGGUGGUCGUGCAGGCAAUCACUUCGCUCUGUCAGAAGUACCCUCGCAAGCAUGGCGUCAUGAUGUCUUUCCUCUCCAACAUGCUCCGGGAUGAUGGGGGCUUUGAAUAUAAGCGAGCCAUUGUUGACUGCAUAAUCAGCGUGGUGGAAGAGAACCCUGAAAGCAAAGAAGCCGGCCUGGCUCACCUCUGCGAAUUCAUUGAGGACUGUGAACACACUGUCCUGGCAACUAAGAUUCUACACUUGUUGGGCAAAGAGGGCCCCAGGACACCUGCCCCUUCCAAGUAUAUCCGCUUUAUUUUUAAUCGGGUCGUACUGGAGAACGAGGCAGUAAGAGCUGCUGCUGUGAGUGCUUUGGCUAAAUUUGGGGCUCAGAAUGAGAGUCUCCUCCCAAGCAUCAUUGUACUCUUACAGAGGUGUAUGAUGGAUACUGAUGAUGAGGUGCGGGACAGAGCUACCUUCUAUCUGAAUGUGCUGCAGCAGAGGCAGAUGUCACUGAAUGCUACAUAUAUCUGCAAUGGUCUGACGGUGUCCAUAGCAGGACUGGAGAAAGCCUUACACCAGUACACACUGAACCCUUCAGAUAAGCCUUUUGACAUGAAAUCUGUUCCUCUUGCUAUGGCUCCUCCCUUUGAACAGAAAGCAGAACCCGCACACGUGUCUACGAAACCUGACAAGUUGACUCCUUCCAGGCUUGACAUAUUCCAAGAACAACUGGCUGCCAUUCCUGAGUUUGUGAAUUUGGGACCCUUGUUCAAGUCUUCUGAGCCUGUUCAACUUACAGAAGCAGAGACAGAAUAUUUUGUGCGCUGUGUCAAACACAUGUUUACUCAUCAUAUUGUGUUCCAGUUUGACUGCACCAACACGCUCAACGACCAGCUGCUGGAGAAAGUGACAGUGCAGGUGGAACCAUCAGAUUCCUUUGAGGUGCUGUGUUAUAUCCCAGCCCCCAGCCUCAAUUAUAACCAGCCAGGAAUAUGUUACACUCUUGUCCGUUUGCCUGAUGACGACUCUGCAGCAGUUUCAGGAACCUUUAGCUGCACCAUGAAAUUCACUGUCCGGGACUGCGACCCUGACACCGGAGUUCCAGCUGAGGAGGGGUAUGAAGAUGAAUACGUGCUGGAAGACCUGGAGUUGACUCUGUCUGACCACAUUCAGAAGAUACUGAAGCCUAACUUUGCUGCUGCCUGGGAAGAGGUGGGAGAUGCCUUUGAGAAAGAAGAGACCUUUGCCCUCAGUUCUACCAAAACUCUUGAUGAAGCUGUCAAGAACAUCAUCAAGUUUCUGGGCAUGCAGCCAUGUGAGAGGUCAGAAAAAGUACCCGAGAACAAGAAUUCUCAUUCCCUCUUCCUGGCAGGUAUAUUCAGAGGUGGCCAUGACUUAUUGGUGAGGUCAAGGUUGGCCUUAGCAGAUGGAGUGACCAUGCAGGUGACUGUCAGAAGCCAAGAGCGAACACCUGUAGAUGUUAUCUUGGCUUCUGUUGGAUAACUUUUUCCUGGGCAAGAUGAAGUUGCUAUCUACUUCACUGUCAGUGAGCUCUUAUGCUAGUGGCAUGAAUCUCCCAUGAAAGAUUAAUAUUUGGCCCCGAGCCAGCAGAUCAAGCUACUAUCUGUCCUUGUGCAUGCCCCCCCCCUUUUUUUCUUUUUUUCCCCCUUUUUAUUAUGCUUGGCCAACUGUGGUGUGAUAGUAUGCUUUGGGUGUACUAGAAAAAUCAAAUCCUAUGCUAUACCCCAGCUGCUUUAACUCCAUCACAUCCUUUAAUUGAAUGUGUGUCUGAAAGUUCCUGGCAAUGUUGGAAAAGUUUAUCCCAGAGGGGUGGUGGGGGAGGGGAAGCCAGAGUCCACUUUUGUCAAAAUUCAUUUUUAUUAAAAGAAAGUAAACACUUAUUCCAGUUGCAGUUGUUAUACUUGCAGAUGCUAAUAAAAAGAAUUUAAAAAGAA